UUACUACCGAAUGAAAAUUUUCUUGAACAUCAGCGCGCAGUCAUAAACUUUCAACCAAUGACCACCAGGCAUCACAUCGGAAAACUUAGUAAAUCUAAUUGCAUUUAUUGAAGAGAUAAGACUUAAUUCUACCGGCUGUAACGAUGGGUUCUGGGAUAAGCAGUAAUACUGCAGGAUUCAUAGGGUCUGCAGUAGCGAUUGUUGGAUUUGGAAGCAACUUUGUACCUGUAAAACACGUAGAGACGGGAGAUGGUGUGUUCUUCCAGUGGAUAAUGUGCUCAGGUAUUUGGUUUGUUGGUCUCAUGAUCAAUUUAUUCCGCUACAGUCCAAUCUUCUAUCCUCUCUCCAUGCUGGGUGGAUUCCUCUGGGCUACAGGAAACAUAAUGGUGGUGCCAAUUUUGAAGACCAUCGGACUGGGGCCAGGCUUACUGAUCUGGGCAUCAGUCAAUAUGAUAGCUGGAUGGGCCAGUGGACACUUUGGGUGGUUCGGCUUAAACAAAGAUGUGUUAACACGACCGACUCUGAAUUACAUCGGAUUUGCUUUGGCGUUUAUGAGAUUGGUGAUAUUUGUUUGGGUCAAGCCAGAUCCAGUUGGUCUAAAACAAAAGAAACUGGGUUCAUCGACCUCUGCAAGCUCAUCUAAUGACAACAAUCCUUUACUUAAUGAUGAUCAGCAUGCAGUAAAUGUAUCACAAGAAGGAAGCCAUGAAGCGAUCGAUCAGCCAUCAUCCACAGAUGCAUCAUGGGUAGACAAUCUGUCUACUUUGCAGAAGAGAAUAGUAGGCUGUGUGCUGUCGACAAUAUCUGGCGUUCUAUAUGGCUUCAACUUCAUUCCAUGUUUAUGGAUUCAGGAUAACGUCAAAGGAGCCAGUCAAGAGGGUUUAGACUAUGUAUUUGCCCAUUUCUGUGGGAUCUACGCUACUAGUACAGCCUACUUUCUCAUCUACUCUGCCUACAAGCAGAACAAGCCCCAGUACUCUCAGAACCUUGUCCUACCUAGUCUAGUGUGUGGUGCUAUGUGGGCGGUUGCUCAGGCAGGGUGGUUUGUUGCCAAUACAAACCUCUCUGAAUCUGUGGCGUUUCCUAUCGUCACAACGGGUCCUUCUAUCCUUGCUGGCCUGUGGAGCGUGUUCUAUUUCCGAGAGAUCCGUGGACUUAAGAACUACAUCCUACUCGUCAUUGCCUUUACUGUAGCUACGGCUGGAGUUGUAUGUACCGCUUUCUCUAAAGUAUAAAAGGUGCAAGCAUCUCUCCCUGAGGUACUGCCAUUGAAUUGAAAUUUCAUUGUCAUUAACUUUAUGAUAUCAAAUGGUGAAGGCGAUGUAAAGAUGUGUUUGUAACUCAUAACUUUAAAAGAAUCAAUCAACUCUGCCAUUGACUUGCAUUUAUUUUUUUUAUUUUCUCAAUUGAUAAGAAAAAACACACAUAAGGUUAACAACUAGAUUAAUUAUACCCUUACCAUUUAAAAAAAAAUGAAAACGAAAUGUGAAAAAUUUAUACAU